AUGGCGGCGCCGGCGCCGAAGCAGGAGGAGCUGCAGCCGCACGCCGUCAGGGACCAGCUGCCCUCCGUCUCCUACUGCCUCACAAGCCCGCCCCCAUGGCGUACGCCCUUCCUUCCACUCCCUCCUUCCUUCCCCCCGUUACCUCCCAUCUCCUCCUCCGCCCCGUCUGUCCUCGCCGCCGCCGCCUGCGCGCGUUGCUUCCUGGAUCUCUCUCGAGGGCUCACGACUGACGCCGUCUCCCUUGUUUGCAAUGCAGCGGAGGCCGUCCUCCUCGGCUUCCAGCACUACCUCGUCAUGCUCGGCACCACCGUCAUCAUCCCGACCGCGCUCGUCCCCCAGAUGGGCGGCGGCAAUGAGGAGAAGGCGCGGGUGGUGCAGACGCUGCUGUUCGUCGCUGGGAUCAACACGCUGAUCCAGAGCUUCCUCGGCACGCGCCUCCCCGCCGUCAUGGGGGCAUCCUACACCUUCGUCGCUCCCACCAUCUCCAUCAUCCUUGCCGGCCGCUACAGCGGCAUUGCCGAUCCCCACGAGAAAUUCGUGCGCAUCAUGCGGGGCACGCAAGGCGCGCUCAUUGUGGCCUCCACCCUCCAAAUCAUCAUGGGCUUCAGUGGCCUUUGGCGCAUUGUCGUCAGGAUGCUGAGCCCGCUGUCUGCUGCUCCCUUGGUCGCCCUCGUCGGAUUCGGGCUCUAUGAACUGGGGUUUCCAAGUGUUGCCAAAUGUGUAGAGAUUGGUCUUCCGCAGAUUUUACUGCUGGUGGCACUUUCUCAGUACAUACCACAUCUGGUCCCCUUGCUGAGUACUGCCUUUGAGAGGUUUGCUGUCAUAAUGUCCAUUGCCCUCAUCUGGCUUUACGCCUUCUUCCUGACGGUUGGCGGUGCCUAUAAGAAUGCUGCUCCGAAAACCCAAUUCCACUGCCGCACUGAUCGAUCUGGGCUUGUUGGGGGUGCUCCAUGGAUAAGUGUACCUUAUCCAUUUCAGUGGGGAGCACCAACCUUUGAUGCUGGUGAAGCUUUUGCUAUGAUGGCAGCUUCUUUUGUUGCUCUUGUGGAGUCCACUGGUGCAUUUAUUGCCGUUUCACGGUAUGCCAGUGCAACACCAUGCCCUCCUUCCAUCAUGAGUCGUGGCAUUGGGUGGCAGGGAGUUGGCAUUUUGCUGAGUGGCUUAUUUGGAACAGCUAAUGGAACCUCUGUAUCUGUCGAAAAUGCUGGGCUGCUUGGUUUGACACGCGUUGGUAGUAGACGUGUUGUACAAAUUUCUGCUGGAUUUAUGAUAUUCUUCUCGAUCCUUGGGAAAUUUGGAGCUGUUUUUGCAUCAAUUCCUGGCCCCAUUAUCGCAGCUAUAUAUUGUCUUCUCUUCGCAUAUGUUGGUAUGGCAGGUGUUGGGUUCCUACAGUUUUGCAACCUGAAUAGCUUCCGAACAAAAUUCAUUCUAGGAUUCUCUUUGUUCAUGGGUUUGUCGGUGCCACAGUAUUUCAAUGAAUACACUUCCGUCGCGGGCUUUGGCCCAGUACACACGCAUGCAAGAUGGUUCAAUGAUAUGAUCAACGUGGUAUUCUCCUCGAAGGCGUUUGUUGGUGGGGCGGUGGCGUAUUUUCUGGACAACACCCUGCACAGGCGAGACGGCACCGUGAGGAAGGACCGGGGGCACCAUUUCUGGGACAGGUUCAGGUCCUUCAAGACUGACCCGCGCAGCGAGGAGUUCUACUCCCUCCCAUUCAACCUCAACAAGUUCUUCCCGUCCUUCUGA